UGGUUUCGUGGUCCAGGGUCACAUAUUUGACUGAUCAAUUACCCAAACGCACCAAUGCAGUAGGGGUUAAUCUGAAGUGUGCUCCACCGCCUCUCUCUUGAUCUCAUUAGGUCACACUGACACACGCUCGUGCGGAUUACUGUUCUCGUGCGGAUUAUGGACAGGAACAGCAGACAUGACUUUGGACGUGCUUUCUGCGAUGCAUUGUUUUACGCGUUACGGCGUAACGAUUUAGUUCAGCCUGAAAUAUCUUGACCUGUUUCCUCACACCUGACUGCCUCAGCGUCGUUCGGCAUCAUGGCUGACAUACCCCAGCUGAUUAAAAUCGGCGUUUCUCUGAAAACCACCCCAAAUAACGGACCCGUCUACUUCAAAUCGGACGGGACGAGAUUCGGUCAAACCCGAACCAUCAAAUUACUGACGGGAACUAAAUACAGGAUCGACGUGGUCGUUAAACCGGGAGCGGUUGAGGCGACAUCCAUGACUAUUGGCGGAGUGACUUUUCCUCUGGAGCAGCAGUCUAAAGACCCUCAGUCUGUAGUGUACACUGGGGUGUAUGACACUGAGGGAGUAGCACACACCAAAUCCGGAGAGAGGCAGCCUGUUCAAGUCAACAUACAGUUCACUCAGGCCGGGCUUUUCGAGACCGUCUGGCAGGUCAAGUUCUACAACUACAACAAGAGAGACCACUGCCAAUGGGGCAACAGCUUCAACAGUAUCGAGUACGAGUGCAAACCCAACGACACACGCACCCUCAUGUGGAUCAACAAAGAACUGUUCCUGUAAAAGAGUCCGUGAUCACCUGUGAGAGAAGACAAUCUUAUGAAGAAACAGAUGCUGGGCUGGACAGCACACUGAAGUAUGAAUCAGCGGUUCCUGAGAGUGUAAGGGACGUAGCCGUUUGUGAUGAAGUGGGAGUUUUGUUGGAUUUAUCUCGGUGCUGCUGGAAAAUCAAUGCACUGUAUCUGAUGCAAUAGUUGCACUUUACCCUGUUUGUUGUAGCUUUGUCUCUUUUGCAGUUUUUCUUCCAGUUGUCUACCUCUGAAGAACCCAGUGAGGAUGAAGUUUACUUUUAUAUUUGAGUUUACAGAUUUUAUAUAGAUUUUAUGUUAGACUCGUUAAUCCACGUAAAUGUAAAUUUUACCCGUAUCUAUAUAUUUCUAGUGUGUCUUUUUAUUAGUAUUUUGUAAUGGUGCAUUGUGAUGUAUGUGCAAUAAUUGUAAGUUGGGUGUAUUUUUCCAUAUUUUUGCAUUUUUCAAAAUGGUAAGACUGUUUGAAGGAAAAAUAAAGUAUACCAAA